AUGCUAAGAAGCAGUGGAUAUUGGGAAGCAGCAGUGUGGCUGGUAACUGGGCAGGGGGUGGGGCACGAAGAGGCAGAAUUGGUGGAUGGGCCUGCACCGCUGCUGUUCCAGCUCCUCCCUCUCUGGCCACUGCUGCUGCUACCCCUUUCACCACCCGUUCAGGGCUCCUCCCCUCGGUCCCCACCAGCCCCAGCCCGUCCCCCCUGUGUCCGGGGUGGCCCCUCAGCCCCUCGCCAUGUGUGUGUUUGGGAGCGGGCUCCUCCACCAAGCCGAUCCCCACGGCUCCCAAGAUCACGUCGGCAAGUUCUGCCAGGCACUGCCCCUCCUGCCACCCCAUCAGGCUUUGAGGAGGGGCCUCCCUCAUCUCAGUACCCCUGGGCUAUUGUGUGGGGUCCCACAGUCUCUAGGGAGGAUGGAGGGGACCCCAACUCUGUCAAUCCUGGAUUUCUGCCCCUGGACUAUGGUUUUGCAGCCCCACAUGGGCUGGCUACCCCGCACCCCAACUCCGACUCAAUGCGGGAUGAUGGAGAUGGGCUCAUCCUUGGGGAAACACCUGCUACCUUGAGGCCCUUCCUGUUUGGAGGGCGUGGAGAAGGUGUGGACCCUCAGCUUUAUGUUACGAUCACCAUAUCCGUCAUCAUUGUUCUUGUGGCUACAGGCAUCAUCUUCAAGUUCUGCUGGGACCGCAGCCAGAAGAGGCGCAGGCCCUCAGGGCAGCAAGGUGCCCUGAGGCAGGAGGAGAGCCAGCAACCACUGACAGACUUAUCCCCUGCUGGAGUCACUGUGCUGGGGGCCUUCGGGGACUCACCUACCCCCACCCCUGACCAUGAGGAGCCCCGAGGGGGACCCCGGCCUGGGAUGCCCCAGCCCAAGGGGGCUCCAGCCUUCCAGUUGAACCGGAUUCCCCUGGUGAAUCUGUGAUGCUCCCCCAUGUUGGGGUGCUGCCAAGCGGGAGGCCAAGUGGCCGGCAUAGCCACCAUCCACUGAGGGUGGGGCAACCGUGGGGAACUGGGGCCAUG